AUGGUGUCUUCCAGUGUCCUUGGCUUUCCCCGCAUCGGUGGAAAUCGCGAAAUCAAAAAGGCUGUCGAGGCUUACUGGGGAGGAAAGAUCUCCGCAGAGGAUUUGACCAAAGCUGCCUUUGAUGUCAGAAAGACCAGCUGGUCUACUGUAAAGGCCAAGGGAGUUGACUUCGUCCCCAGUGGUGAAUUCUCCCUCUACGAUCAUGUCCUCGACCACUCCGCCGCCUUCAAUGUUAUCCCCUCUCGCUACACUGGCCACAACCUCUCCCCCUUGGAUGUGUACUUCGCCAUGGGCCGUGGUCGCCAGGCUGACGGUGUCGACGUCCCAGCCUCUGAGAUGAAGAAAUGGUUCGACUCAAACUACCACUUCGUCGUCCCCGAAUUCUCGGAUGCCACCGACUUCAAGUUGCUUUUCAACAAGGCUCUUGAAGAGUACAAGGAAGCCAAGGAGGCUGGCGUCACCACUCGUCCCGUUGUGUUGGGCCCCGUCUCUUUCUUGGUGCUCGGAAAGCCCUCAAAGAGCGCUAAGCCAGGCUUUGAGCCCAUCUCCCUCCUCCCCAAGCUCCUCCCCGUUUACAAGACCCUUCUCGCUGACCUCAAGGCCGCUGGUGUUGAGUGGGUCCAGAUCGAUGAGCCCAUCCUUGUCCUCGACAAGGCUUCCACCCUCGAGCAGGCUUAUGCCACUGCCUACGCUGAGCUUGCACCUGUUGCGCCAAAGAUCUUGCUCGCCACCUACUUCGGACGCCUCGACUCCAACCUCGGCUUCGUCUCCAAGCUCCCCGUCGCCGGUCUCCACAUUGACCUCGACCGUGCUCCCGGCCAGCUGGAUGACGUCAUUGCUGCUUUGAAGCCCACCAACGUUGUCCUCUCCCUCGGUCUCGUCUCUGGUCGCAACAUCUGGAAGACCGAUUUCGAGGCAGCUAUCAAGCUCGCCCAGAAGGCCAUCGAUGCCCUUGGCCAGGACCGCGUCAUCAUCGCCACCUCGUCCUCCCUCCUCCAUACCCCCGUCACCCUCGAGUCCGAGAAGAAGCUGACCGCCGAGCAGAAGGACUGGUUCUCCUUCGCCCUUGAGAAGGCUGCUGAGGUCGCAACUAUUGCCGCUGUCCUCUCCGGAUCGCAAGAUGCAUCCGUGAAGGCCGCCUUGGAAGCCAACAAGGUCUCCAUCGCCAAGCGUCGUGCUUUCGAGCAGAACUCAGACGACUCCGUUCGCAAGCGUGUCGCUGCCAUCACCCCCGAUAUGUUCGAGCGCGCCAGCCCCUUCGCCGUUCGCCAGGCCGUCCAAGCCAAGCACCUCAACUUGCCUAAAUUCCCUACCACCACCAUCGGCUCUUUCCCUCAAACCAAGGAAAUCCGUCAAGCUCGUGCUAAGCUCGGCAAGGGAGAGAUCACCCAGGACGAGUACGAUGAAUUCAUAAAGAAGGAGAUCGAGACUGUUGUCCGCUUCCAAGAGAAGGUCGGCCUCGACUUGUUGGUGCACGGUGAACCUGAGCGAAACGACAUGGUUCAAUACUUCGGUGAACAACUCAACGGCUUCGUCUUCACCCAAAACGCCUGGGUACAGAGCUACGGUUCCCGAUACGUCCGACCCCCCAUCAUCGUCUCUGAUGUCAGCCGCUCUGGCCCCAUGACCGUCCGCUGGAGUAGCUACGCCCAGAGCCUCACCAAGAGGCCCAUGAAGGGUAUGCUUACUGGCCCAGUCACAAUCCUCAACUGGUCCUUCCCUCGUGCCGAUGUCUCUCGUGAACUGCAAUCCAAGCAAUUGGCUCUGGCUCUCCGCGAUGAAGUCGUUGACCUCGAGAAAGCCGGCAUUAGCGCCAUCCAGGUCGAUGAGCCCGCUAUCCGUGAGGGUCUUCCUCUCCGCCGCGCUGACUGGGACGGCUACCUCAAGUGGGCUGUCGACUCUUUCAAGUUGUCCACCGCCGGUGUCACCGAUCAACUCCAGACCCACUCUCACUUCUGCUACUCCGACUUCGACGACAUCUUCCCCUCCAUCCAGCGUCUCGAUGCUGAUGUCAUCUCCAUUGAGGCCUCCAAGAGUGACAUGAAGCUGCUCACCACCUUCAAGCAAUACGGCUACUCCAACCAGAUCGGCCCCGGUGUCUACGACAUCCACUCCCCCCGUGUUCCCAGUGAGCAGGAGAUCAAGGACCGCGUCGCCGACAUGCUUGCCAUCCUCCCCGACUCGCUCCUCUUCAUCAACCCAGACUGUGGCUUGAAGACCCGUGGCUGGAAGGAGACCGAAGCCGCCCUCAUCAACGUCGUCGCGGCUGCUCGCUGGGCCCGUCAAACAUACGCCUAA